CGGAAACUCAAAAAAUGUGUACAGCACUGUUAGUGGUGAUGAAUCGUGGAUUUACUGUCAUGAACCAGAAAAUAAACGACAGUCGGCUGUUUGGGUGUUCAAAGGUGAAACCCGAAAGAAGAAUCGUCCUCCACCAAGACAAUGCAAGCUCGCACAUAGCCCAUAAAACAAGGCAGUGUUUAACGGAAGAAAACGUGGAAUUAUUGGACCAUCCUCUAUAUAGUCCCGAUCUAAGUCCUAACGAUUUCUUUACUUUCCCGAAAAUUAAAGACAGACUGCGUGGUCAAAGGUUCCAGUCACAAGAAGAAGCAGUUGACGCAUUCAAAAAUGCCGUUUUGGAUCUGCCAGCAAACGAGUGGAAUAAGUGCUUCGAAAAUUGGUUCGAGCGCAUGCAAAUGUGUAUUAAUCUUCGUGGAGAAAACUUCCAAAAACAAUAAAGUCAUUUAAAAC